AUGAAGCGCUUCCGCACCCGGGACAAGCCCGCGGCCCCCGGGCCGGCUCGCGCGGAGGGGGGGGUCCGGAGGGCGCCGGGGGCUAGGGCCCCCCCUGAGCCGCGAGCCCCCGGUCCAGCUCCUGCAGUCCCCACGCCCCAGGAACAGCAGGAUGUCCUCGCUGGAGGAGCACCCAGCCCCUUGAUCUUCCGGAAGCUCAGCAAUCCCGACCUGUUCUCCUCAAGUGGAAAAGCCAAGCUUCACCGGCAGCUGAGUCAGGACGAUGGCAAAGUCCGGGGCCGGGGGAGCCUGGCUACGGCCCUGUCACUGUCAGGCAAGCAACUGCUGCCUUUGUCCAGUGGUGGGCAUAGUGGCAUGGGACAGCCAGCCUGGCAGUCCUCAGGGGAAGCCUCCAACUUGGUCCGAAUGAGAAACCAGUCCCUGGGGCAAUCGGCCCCAUCGUUGACAGCUGGCCUGAAGGAGCUGAGCCUUCCGAGAAGAGGCAGCUUUUGCAGGACGAGCAACCGAAAGAGCCUGAUCGUGCCGUCUAGCACGUCCCCAACCCUGCCCCGGCCCCACUCUCCACUUCAUGGCCACCCAGGUGGUAGUCCUCUGGACAGCCCCCGGAAUUUCUCUCCAAAUGCUCCGGCUCCACACUUCUCCUUUGUUCCUGCCCGCAGCCAUGGACACAGAGCAGACAGGACGGAUGGACGGCGCUGGUCCUUGGCCUCUCUUCCUUCCUCUGGUUAUGGAACCAAUACCCCCAGCUCUACUGUCUCCUCGUCCUGCUCUUCCCAGGAGAAGUUACACCAGCUCCCCUUCCAGCCCACGGCCGAUGAGCUACACUUCCUGACAAAGCACUUCAGCAGUGAGAGUGUCCCAGACGAGGAGGGCCGCCAGUCGCCAGCCAUGAGGCCCCGCUCACGCAGCCUCAGCCCUGGCCGCUCCCCAAUCUCCUUCGACAGUGAAAUAAUAAUGAUGAAUCAUGUGUACAAAGAAAGAUUCCCCAAGGCCACGGCGCAGAUGGAGGAGCGGCUGGCGGAGUGUAUAGCCUCGAACGCCGCUGAGAACGUGCUGCCCUUGGCGGACGGGGCCCUGAGCUUCAUCCACCAUCAGGUCAUCGAGCUGGCCCGGGACUGCCUGGUCAAGUCCCGCGAUGGGCUCAUCACGUCCCGCUACUUCUACGAGCUGCAGGAAAACUUUGAGAAGCUUCUGCAAGACGCCCACGAGCGGUCCGACAGUGCCGAGGUGGCCUUCGUGACCCAGCUGGUGAAGAAGCUGAUGAUCAUCGUGGCCCGGCCGGCCCGGCUCCUGGAGUGCCUGGAGUUUGACCCCGAGGAGUUCUACCACCUCCUGGAGGCGGCCGAAGGCCAUGCCAAGGAGGGCCAGGGCAUCAAGUGCGACAUCCCACGCUACAUCAUCAGCCAGCUGGGCCUCACUCGGGAUCCCCUGGAAGAAAUGGCCCAGCUGACCAGCUACGACAGCCCGGACACCCCUGAGACCGAUGACUCGGUGGAGGGCCGCGGGGCUGUUUUGCAGCCCAAGAAGACGCCUUCUGAGGAGGAGUUCGAGACGAUCAAGCUGAUCAGCAAUGGUGCCUACGGGGCCGUGUUCCUGGUGAGGCACCGCUCCACGCGCCAGCGCUUCGCCAUGAAGAAGAUUAACAAGCAGAACCUGAUCCUUCGCAACCAGAUCCAGCAGGCGUUCGUGGAGCGCGACAUCCUGACGUUCGCCGAGAACCCCUUCGUGGUCAGCAUGUUCUGCUCCUUCGAGACGCGGCGCCACCUGUGCAUGGUCAUGGAGUACGUGGAAGGGGGGGACUGUGCCACGCUGCUGAAGAACAUCGGGGCGCUGCCCGUGGACAUGGCGCGCAUGUACUUUGCCGAGACGGUGCUGGCCCUGGAGUACCUGCACAACUACGGCAUCGUGCACCGGGACCUCAAGCCCGACAACCUCCUCAUCACGUCCAUGGGCCACAUCAAACUGACCGACUUCGGACUGUCCAAGAUCGGCCUGAUGAGCCUCACCACGAACCUGUACGAGGGCCACAUCGAGAAGGACGCCCGCGAGUUCCUGGACAAGCAGACGGGNACCUCCAAGCUGCUGCACCAGAACCCCCUGGAGAGGAUGGGCACAGGCAGCGCCAGCGAGGUGCGGCAGCACCGCUUCUUCAAGGACCUGGACUGGACGGGGCUGCUGCGCCAGAAGGCCGAGUUCAUCCCGCAGCUGGAGUCCGAGGACGACACGAGCUACUUUGACACUCGCUCAGAACGUUACCGACAUGUGGAUUCGGAGGACGAGGACGAUGCCAACGAUGAUGACCACGUGGAAAUCCGCCAAUUCUCUUCGUGCUCCCCAAGGUUUAGCAAGGUGUACAGCAGCCUAGAGAGACUGUCCCUCCACGAGGAGCGCAGGACGCCCCCCCCGACCAAGCGCAGCCUCAGCGAGGAGAAGGACGACAAGCUGGAUGGCCUCAGCGGCCUCAAGGGCAAAGACCGGGGCUGGGUGAUCGGCUCCCCCGAGAUGCUGAGGAAGCGGCUGUCGGUGUCGGAGUCCUCCCAUACAGAGAGCGACUCCAGCCCGCCCCUGGGGGUGCGACGGCGCUGUUCAGGGCUGCUGGAGGCACCCCGCUUCCCAGAAGCACCUGAAGAGCUGGGCAGCAGCGCCCGGCAGAGCCAGCAGCUGGCAGAGGGUGCAGUGGCAUUCCUGGCUCCACAGCCCAGAGAGGGUGGCCCCGGCCCUGCUCCCGAGCAGCCUGGAGAGCGCAAGGCCCAAGGGGACAAGGAACCAGGUGGGAGCCCCGUGAGCAUCUGUGCCCAGCAAGGUCGCCGGAACAGCCACGAGGGCCUGGAGACCUCCACCCCCAAGGCCAUCAGCGACCUGGCCGUGCGGCGGGCCCGCCACCGGCUGCUGUCCGGGGAGUCUGGAGACAAGCGCACGCCCAGGCCCGCUAACAAAGUCAUCAAGUCGGCCUCGGCCACCGCCCUCUCCCUCCUCAUCCCUUCAGACCACCACGGAUGCUCCCCCUUGGCCAGCCCGAUGUCCCCUCACUCCCAGUCUUCCAACCCCUCGUCCCGGGACUCAUCCCCAAGCAGAGACUUCUCUCCGGCCAUCAGCAGCCUGAAGCCGCCUAUCGUUAUCCACCGAGCUGCCAAGAAGUAUGGUUUCACCCUGCGCGCCAUCCGGGUCUACAUGGGGGACACCGACGUCUACACGGUGCACCACAUGGUUUGGCACGUGGAGGAGGGAGGCCCAGCCAGCGAGGCAGGACUGCGGGAGGGCGAUCUCAUCACCCACGUCAAUGGCGAGCCUGUGCACGGGCUGGUCCACACCGAGGUGGUGGAGCUGAUCCUGAAGAGCGGAAACAAGGUCUCCAUCUCAACGACGCCUUUUGAGAACACUUCCAUCAGGGUGGGCCCCGCGCGCAAGGGCAGCUACAGGUCCAAGAUGGCCCGAAGGAACAGGAAGAGCCGGGCCAAGGACGGACCCGAGAGCAGGAAGAGGGGAUCCUUGUUCCGGAAGAUCACCAAGCAGGCGUCCUUGCUACACACGAGCCGCAGCCUGUCUUCUCUCAGCCGCUCUCUGUCCUCUGGAGAAAGCGGGCCGGGCUCCCCAACUCAUGGCCACGGGCACGGCCACGGCCUGGCCCCACGCUCGCCCACCCAGGGCUAUCGAGUGCCCCCUGAGGCCUCCCAUUCAGGUGGAAAUUCUUCCCAAAGCAGCUCACCCAGUUCUAGUGUGCCCAACUCUCCAGCCAGCUCUGGCCACAUCCGCCCCAGUUCCCUCCAUGGCCUGGCCCCGAAGCUGCAACGGCAAUACCGCUCACCCCGGCGCAAAUCAGCAGGCAGCAUCCCCUUGUCCCCCCUGGCACACACUCCGUCACCCACUCCUCAGGCCACAUCUCCCCAGCGCUCCCCAUCUCCUCUGCCUGGCCAUGCCCUAAGCCCGGCCUUCCCGGGGAAGCUGCACUCCUCGCCGCCCCUCGGCCGGCAGAUCUCCAGGCCCAAAAGCGCCGAGCCUCCCCGUUCCCCGCUCCUCAAGCGGGUCCAGUCGGCUGAGAAGCUGGGGGCCGCCCUGGGGGCCUCAGAGAAAAAGUUGUCUGCCUCACGCAAGCCUAGCCUGGACCUGCCGCCCUGUGAGGUCAAGAAGGAGCUGGGGCUGCCCAGCGAGCCCGGAGACAAGGCCGCGCUGCCCAAGGCGGCCUCUCGCAGCCUGGGCACCAUCCGACACGACCGAGCCGAGCGCCGCGAAGCCCUCCAGAAGCAGGAGGCCAUCCGUGAGGUGGAUUCCUCGGAGGACGAAGAGGACACAGAUGAUGACGGCUCUGAGAAUAGCCAGGAUGGACAAGGACUGCGGCCCCGCCACCCCCUGGCCCAGGCAUCCCUAGAAGGAGGGGACUUAGGCAAGUUCCUGCCCGCUCACCGGGCCCAAGAGAGUGCCAAAGAGUCCGGCCCCUGUGUGCCCCAGGACGUGUGGGGAAGGGCUCGGCCACCCCCAGCCACCUCCGGGACCCCGAGGAGGGCCCUGGCCGAUGAAGCUCACUCUCACCCAGCCGUCUUGGGCACGGCGACACAGCUGGGACCUGACAAGACCCGGGCCCUGGGGGCCAAGGCGCUGCCGAGUCCCCCUGGCGCCCAGGGGUCUCCUCAGGGCUCCUUGAGUUCUGGGGGUCCUUGGGGUUUGGCCUCCACAGAGCCCCCACUCCCCCAAGGGGGUGGGCAGGCCCAGGCCUGUACCGAGCCAGCACUCACAGCACUUUGCCCAUGGCCAUCAGGAAGUCCUCUCCCCACCAUCCCGCACCCCCGGCCUGUUCCACACUCUAAGGAAGCCCCCGGGAGCAGCUCGGGCCCAAUCCAGCUUUGGCCUCUGCCCCUGCAGGUGCCCACCCUGGCUGAGGGUGGGCAUAGCUGGGACACAGUCCCAUCCCAAGCCACCCUGAGCCUUCAGCCUGGACCCAAGCUAGAGGGGUCCUGCCAGCCUAGCCAGCCCCAGGCCUAUAUCACCCCUAGCCUCAGCCCUGCCCCUUGCCCGCCUUGGGAGCCCAAGUGCCCCUGGGCACAGAAGGAGGAGCUGGCCUUGAGUGGCACCAAGGUGCCUGAUGCUGCUGGCGACAGCAAGCAGUCUUGCCAUUGCAAAGGGCACCUGCAGCCCCCCGGAUGUGAGGAGCCUGGGCCACCCAGAGCUCUGCACGAACCCCAUGACUGUCCCCUGGCCCACGAUGACCUUCUGAGAAGAACAUAGCGGCUGGGCCCGGGGCCCACCCCUCC